CUAUGCCUCCCUCGUUUCACAUUCCUCGCUUCAAGUGGAAGUCGAGACUCUAGAGAGAGAGAGAGAGAAUUUCACUUUCAAAGGCUUUAAGCAGAGAAGAACCCCUUGAUCGGUUAGAAAGGUCUGAAGGGAUGUCACGAAUCUUCUCCAAACACUCGAAAUCAAGGCAACCAGUUUAGAAAUGGUGGAGUUGCGGACUGGGUCUUGAAAUUUUGAGAAGAGAGAGAGAGAGAGAGAGAGCAACAACAAAUAAAUAUUAAAUAUCAAGGUCAGCAGCUUCUUGCUUCAUUUUCUCGAUUUGAUUUUCCUUUUCUGCGUCUUUGCACUCUUCAAAACCCUAGUGUUCCAAAUCAAACAUUAGAGGCUGAAAGCCUAAGACUGGAGAAGGAGAAACGAAAUCAGAAUCAAUAAACAAAAGGGGAAAUCAUGGCGGCGACCAUCGACGGAGAUGAGAGAGUCAUGGCUGCGGCUCAGCAAAUUUUGAAGAGUUUGGGUACUCGAAAAGAUGAUACGGAAGACAUGAUUUUUAUCCUCUCCAGCUUUGAUAAUCGACUCUCUGCAAUAACCGAUUUGCUUUCUAAAGAUAGUGGCGCCGCAGGUCUAAGCAAGACCGAAGAGCAGUUGGAAGCAGCGGAGAAGGUCGUUCGUCGGUGGGACUCUAAUUCUGAUAACCCUCAUCACUGUUCAUCUUGGGAGGAUUCCCCUGAUGAGGCAGCAGAGUUCCUCUCCGCUGUUGAUGAGAUUCUUCGGUUGACCGAGGAUCUGACGCUUACUUCGGAUGGUGAAAUUAUGGACCGAGCUGAGAGCGUUCUGCAGCUGGCGAUGUCGAGGCUGGAGGACGAGUUUCGUCACAUACUCAUACGGAACACGGUCCCUCUGGAAGCGGGACGGGUUUAUGGUUUGAUCCGUAGACUAUCGCUUUCUUUCACGUCGAAUGAUGGAGAUAUUGAAGAGUUAGAGGGCUCCGUGGAGGAUGAACAUGAGAGUUACUCCGAGGUGAGAGGUGGGAGUGGGAGUUUUGGGGACAAUCUCUUUAUGGAUUUGGUCAACCCAGAUGCCAUCGCCGACCUCAAGGAGAUCGCUGACAGGAUGAUCAAAUCGAGGUAUGAGAAGGAGUGCUGUCAAGUUUACAGUAGCGUUCGCAGGGAUGUUCUGCAGGAGUGUUUAUCUAUUCUUGGUAUUGAGAAGUUGAGCAUUGAGGAAGUACAGAAGAUCGAGUGGAGGUUCUUGGACGAGAAAAUGAAGAAGUGGAUUCAGGCUGUAAAGAUUGUAAUUCGGGUUCUUUUUCCUGGUGAGAAGCGACUUUGUGAACAAGUUUUUGGUGGCUCGGAGCUGAUCAGGGACGUGUGCUUCACCGAGGGUGCAAAGGGAUGUAUGAUGCAGCUAUUGAAUUUUGGGGAGGCAAUUGCAAUUGGACAGAGGUCACCCGAGAGGCUGUCUCGGAUACUUGACAUGUAUGAAGCUUUGGAUGACGCAUUGCCAGAAUUGCAGGCGUUUUUUUCUGAUGAUUCAGGGGAUUUUGUCUACAGCGAGGCACGGGGCAUACUGGCUAGGCUUGGCGAGGCUGCAAAAGGUGCAUUUGCAGAGCUUCAGAAUGCAGUUCAGAGUGAGGCUUCUCGGAAACAGAAACCAAACCAAGGUGAAAUUCAUCCAGUGACACGUUAUGUGAUGAACUAUAUGAAGCUUCUUGUAGACUACAGUGAUUCACUGAAUCAAAUUCUAGAAGAUGGUGAGGAUGGUGUGGAAGGAGGUGAUAACAAUCAACUAGCCAGCAUGUCUCCAGUGGGCCGCAGCUUGCUGUCAUUAAUUUCGUCUCUGGAAUCAAACCUUGAAGAGAAGUCAAAACUCUAUGAGGAUGGUGCAAUGCAAAAUAUAUUCCUGAUGAAUAAUAUUCUUUAUAUAGUUCAAAAAGUUAAAGACUCUGAGCUUGGCAAGCUUUUGGGAGAUCAAUGGGUCCGCAAACGACGUGGCCAGAUACGCCAGUAUUCCACUGGUUAUCUCAGAGCUUCUUGGAGCAAAGUGUUGUCUUGUUUGAAGGAUGAAGGUAUUGGGGGUGGUGGGAGCUCAAGUAAUGUAUCUAAGCCGGCUCUGAAGGAAAGGUUCAAGAACUUUAACCUGUGUUUUGAAGAAAUUUAUAGGACUCAGACAGCUUGGAAGGUACCAGAUCCUCAGCUACGGGAAGAGCUUCGGAUUUUAAUCUCAGAGAAAGUCAUUCCAGCAUACCGUGCAUUUUUGGGGAGGUUUGGAAAUCAUCUAGACAGUGUAAAGCAUGCAGGGAAAUACAUAAAGUACACUGCAGAGGACUUAGAGGACUAUCUUUUAGAUCUGUUUGAAGGAUCUCCUGGAGUAAUCCACAAUCCAAGGAGAAAAAUAAGUACGUAGCAGAUGUAAUAGGUUGCAAAACAUGGGAUUGAUGGAAAACAAGAUGUGUAAGGUGAAAAUGUGUUUAUAUUCGCAU